CAGAGAUUGUUGACGGCAAUGCGAAGAUGACCCUGGGCAUGAUCUGGACGAUCAUCCUCCGAUUCGCCAUUCAGGACAUCUCAGUGGAAGAGACCUCAGCCAAGGAAGGCCUGUUGCUAUGGUGCCAGCGGAAGACGGCCCCCUACAAGAACGUCAACGUGCAGAAUUUCCACAUCAGCUGGAAAGACGGCCUUGCUUUUAAUGCCUUGAUCCACAGACACAGACCGGAACUGAUCGAAUACGACAAGCUCAGGAAGGUACGUCAGCAGAGGCCCCUGGCUUUGCUCCCCCAGAAUCCAGCCGAGCCUGAAGGGUUAUUGCAGUCCACCCCGCUGUCUGGGAUCUAA